GAGCAGACUUGCUACCUGGGGAGGCAAAGGGACAGGUGAGUGUGACUCUCCCACCUGGGGGCACCUGACAGGUGAGGCAGGAAAGGAAGACCAUGGGGCGAUUCAUCCUUGUGAGCCUGGGCUUGCUGGUCAUGGCCCUCUCCAUAAGGGGAGCCCAAAACCCUUGUCUCAAAGAAUGGUACUUCAGAAAUCAACGUUGCUACAAGGUCUUCAAGGAAGAAAAGACCUGGGAUGAUGCAGAGGCGUUCUGUGCGAAACAGAAGGCGGGCUGCCACCUCGCCUCCAUCCAUACCUCAAUACAGACGGCUGACACGGCUGACUACGUUGCAGAGAACCUCAAAAGUGGCCAAUGUGUCUGGAUUGGACUGCAUGAUCCAAAACAAAAUGAUGAAUGGGUAUGGAUAAACAGACAUGAAACCAACUACAUUCGCUGGGCAGACGGCUACCCUGAUCACUCAAAGAAGGAGAAAAAGUUCUGUGCUAAGCUUGAGAAAGAAACAA